AUGCUUGUUCAUUUCAUUCAAGUGAUUGACGAUGCUCCACCAGAACGUUUGACUACUUUUAAAACAAUUCCGAUCAAUCAAGAUUUGAUUACUGUUUAUUGGUCACGUCCAUUUCACAUGAUCUUUGUCGAAAUUUUCAACCAUAAUUACUAUUUAGUUGUUGUACAACAGACAUACAAUCGAUCGACAACUAUCAGUAAGACAAUAAAUCCAUCGGAUCGAUGUGAACAUAUCAGUGAAUUGUUCAACGAAACGAUUGUUCAAUUACAUCUUGUUCGUCUUAUUAAAUAUUAUCAAUUGCCAUGUCGACAAAAACGUUCAAAUCACCCAUUGUCUUGCUUUUAUGAUGAUAUUCAUAUUUGUUUAUGUGAAAAAUAUGGUCAUCAAUAUUUAGCUAAUUGCAUUGAAUUCGAACAUGAGAUGAAAUUCGAUUGUUCGGGUCAAAGUGGCUGUGAAAAUGGCGCUCGUUGCUUUCAGGAUAGUCCCAAUUGUGCUCAAACAUCGAUAUGUGUAUGUCCGAAAUGUUUCUAUGGCAAACGAUGUCAAUUUAGUACGAGUAAUUUUGGUCUUUCACUUGAUGCUAUUCUAGGUUAUCAUAUUCUACCUCAUGUGAAUCUUUUACAUCAAACAUUUGCUGUAAAAAUCAGUAUGACAUUGACUACAGUCAUGUUUAUUGCAGGAGUGAUCAAUGGGAUUCUUUCUUUGAUUACAUUCAAUAAUAAGAAACUAUGGGAAGUUGGAUGUGGCUUCUAUUUAUUAGGUUCAUCGGUUACUACGCUUUUGACGAUGAUUAUAUUUACGUUGAAAUUCUGGAUUCUUAUUUGUACACAGAUGGGAUUGGUUGUGAAUCGAUUAUUUUUGCAUGUUCAAUGUAUAUCGAUUGAUUUUCUUCUACGAGUCUCACUCAGUAUAGAUCAAUGGUUGAAUGCAUUUGUGGCUGCUGAAAGAGCGAUUGCUACGAUUCGAGGUGUCAAUUUUAACAAGAAAAGCAGUCAGCGUGUACCCAAAGUGGUGAUUCUCGUUCUGAUCUUUGUAUCAGUUGCUACAGCUAUACAUGAUCCUAUUUAUCGGCAAUUAAUGAAUGAUGAAGAUGAUGAUGAAAAGAGAAUUUGGUGUAUUGUUACUUAUCCGCCCAGUGUUCAAGUUUUCAAUGCAACAAUUCAGGCUCUUCAUUUUUUAGUACCAUUUAUCAUGAAUGUCAUCUCGGCUAUUGUCAUCAUUACCACAACUGCUCGACGACGAGCAUCUGUUCAAACUCAGCAAACUUAUAGAGAACACUUGGUUGAUCAAUUUUGGCAACACAAACAUCUUCUUAUUUCUCCAUUUGUUUUGGUUAUUCUGGCUUUUCCACGUUUGAUCAUUUCUUUCGUAUCAGGUUGUAUGAAAUCAGCUCAUGAGUCAUGGUUAUAUCUAGCUGGAUAUUUUAUUUCACUCAUACCGCCAAUGCUUACUUUUGUUGUGUUUGUUAUUCCAUCGACAUUGUAUCAGGAAGAAUUUCGCACAACUGUUCGAAGAUAUCGAACCACCAUACAAACACGUUUAUGUUGUAUCUAA